UGAAGAUCCCAGGAGCUAUUCAUGAAGAAUGGAAGUGGGGAUAGAACAUCAAUGGACUUGCGAAUGGAAAGUUGCAUCCAUGGCGUUUUGGACACGGAGAGCGAAGUCUCCCCUAGGUGUAAAUUGGCAGAGACACAGGUCACAGGGACGGUGCCGGGGAGAAGAGUGACUUUCCAGGACGGCGGUGUUGAUGAUAAUGAUGAUGUUGAUGUGUUGAAUGACAGUGGGUUGCGAAGGGUGCACGAAGAUCCUGACACCCAACUCGCAGGAGGAAUAAGUGGGGCCUGCCAUAAUGGGGUUUACCAUAAUGGGGGUUUCCACCAUAACCGUCAUUAUCUGGUUGAUGAAAGAGAAAGCGCCGGAGCCAAUGCGACGACUGGAAGAUCAGUGGAGGCAGCUCAUUGCUCAAGGAGUCCGAAGCAAUCCAGUGGCAUGGAGGAUGGUGGGGGACGUCUUGUUAGCUGCUGGACCUGUGGUGGAACUUGUAUCGACGGUGACCACAGUCUCGACCCGGUUGCCAUAAGCAAUUCUUUCCAAAGUGACUUGACUGAAGCAGGAAUUAGAAAACUUCGCGCGAUGCUGAUGAGGAUUGGAGGUGCUAUGGAUGUUGCAGAAAUCAUUAUCCACAAUUUGGAGAGAAAUGACAAGUUAGCAAGUUUGUACUUCAGCGUCAUUGAGGCUGAUCUGCAGAAAAGCGCGUCAUCAAGAUUGGAUGCGUUGGUCGUGAUUCGCUGUCUGGAGCUGGCUGACGUGUAUUUUCCUGCCAAGUUGGUUUUGGAAACGGCCAUCAUCAACAAGUUCUGGGAUGUGUCAUUGAUCCAGAAUGCUGUGUCACAGAUAUUGACCAUGGACUGUGCUAGCUGUGGACUGAACUUGCUCCUUUUGGCUGGAGCCCUUAUCAUCAGCAAGUGUAGCUGGGAUCCCUUAUUUUCCCAGCUGGGUGCCUGGGUGCUUGCACAAACCUACAUUUAUUGUGGAACUUGUCGCAGAAAGGUCGUGCGUGCGAUCCAGGCGCUAUUGCUAGGGCAUGAUCAUUGCUUAUGUCCUGCUACUGACAGUUUUGCCGAGAUGCAGCUGGAGGACUUUCAGCAGCACAUGCAUGUUGGCACAUGGGCUCUGUGCUUGAUCUUUCAGGCAGAACCGAAAAAGUCUCCAGGGAGGAAAGAGAAAGAGUUAACCAAGAGUGAUUGCAAAGAGAUCGAAAAGGAAGCCUGCCAACGAACGGAGGAAAUCAAACAAUUCCGAGAGAAGAUCGUCGGUUUCUUGUGCACUGAAAUAUUUCGUGGUGCAAAGUCUGCAGGUUUUGCAGCAGCUGGCGGGUUGUCGAAGGUCCUUGGUAGACAGUUUCUUUCUGUGCGGACAGAUGCUGUUUUCAAGGCUAUGGGUUUCAAUGGUUCGCCAGCAGAAGACUCAGUCUCAGUAUGGCAGACUGAUUUUCUGAGGUGGAUGUCAGAGAACAUCUAUGCCAUACCAAAGCCCAAACUCUAUGAUCUCUUUGUCAAACAUUUUCAUCCAUCCUGGGAUCGACUCAGGACUCGUUUUGCGAACGGUGCCAUGGAAAGCCAACUCAACAAUUGCGCAGGCUCCAAGGCAACAGGUGUUGGCUUCCUGUCUGAGAUUUUGGCAUUGUGUGAUGCCAUGCAUGUCAUUGGCAAGGGUGAAAGUUCGCUGAAGUUGCCGAACCCUGUUGAUGUCAGCUCACUAUUCUGCACUGUAUUCUGCACUACCACUCUGCAACAAUUUCUUCCAAAGCUUGGGUAUAAGCUUCCGCCGUCAUCAAGUGACUGUCAAUUGCUGCGUGUUUGGCGGACAUUUCAUCAUGAGAUUUUUAUUUAUAUUGAGGAGGUGCGCAUUCGUCUUCAAGAAGACCCGUUGUUGGAAGGUUCGUGUCUGCCAAAGAUAGUCGAAACAUUGAAUAUCUGCACUGUCAUCUACGUCAUCAUUGCUGCUCAUUGUGUCACCUUGCACCAUCAGAUUACAAAAGGGCAAUUCCCCGUGGCCAAUGGGCAGUAUGGAGGUGCUUACGGGAAUGGAGGCUACGGGAACGGAUAUGGAAACGGGUACGGCAGCGGGUUCGGAAAUUGGCGAGGCGGGAACCCAAAUCGCGCGUUCUUUACGAAAGACCAAGCAGAAUUUCUCGAAAAACUGAAGUUCAAGGAGGCGGUCCAGGAAGCUGCCAAGCAACAAUCAGGAAACAAGCCGAGCAUCGCACCGAUUCCCGAGCCUUCGCUGAAGAUCGUUGAGAUCGGGAAGAAGAAAGCCGAAGAUAGGGAGGAAGAGAUGAAGAACUGGAUGACCAAGAACUUCGGAAGCUCUCUGAAGCUGCUCACGGAGAAGCUUGAUGAAGUGGAUCGAAAGACUAAACUCACGGAUGGGGAGAAAGAGGAAUUGAAGCGUCUUCGAGCCGAGAAAGAGUUGCAAGAACUGAAGGAAGGGUCGAGUAAUGAGAAGCGGAAGAGACCACCGACUACACCUACCAAGUCUCCUAGAAUGGACCGUGUUCGUCUGAAGUCAGCUGGAAGGAUUAAGAAGGCCCAAGGGAAACGGGUGCUUAUCUCCUCCGAUGAAGAAGAAGACGAUGGUGCUGAAUUAGUUAGGAAAGGGAGAGGGAAUCUGACGAAGAAGUUUGAGGAGGCGAAAGGAAAAGGGAAAGGGAAGGAAACCGGGGACAUGAUCGAGAUUAAAGAUUUCCUGAAACAGCUUGUCACGACGCUGGGGCAAACCAAGGUGGCUACAUCUCCGGCGGAACCAGCACCAGGGAUAAACAGGCGGAAAGAAAGGGGAGAAUGCAGUCGACAAGGCGAAGACCAAACGGAGACCGAAAAGGAGGAAGGCGGUGAGACCCUGGCUGAGGAUAAUGAUGAGCUCGGGCUGAUGGGUUAUAUGAAAAAUCGGGUGGAGAACUACAGCUCGAUGCACUACACGUGUAUCAUGGCUCUAUGUAAAGAGAGGAACAUUGAAUACACUAGGAAGGAACUAGGGGUGAUGGAAGUGGCGCGGAUUGAUGUUGAGGAGUACAUGAUGUGUGAGAACGGGGCAAAGGUAGCCAUUCCGAAAGAGAGCGGGGUCUCAGAUGACAAGGAUCAAGGGAAACUAGAGAAUCGGUCUCUACGAUCGUUUCUGCGUCUGUUCACUCGAGUACAAAGACUCCGUGAUGAGAAGGUUAUUGGCAGUCAGCUGGCCGAGCGUGUUGCAGUUCUGUUCAAGGUCAAGGGAACAGUCGAAGAUCUCAAGCAAAAGUUGGUCUCCAUUUUGGUACCACAGAGAGAGGGGCUAGUGGACUCCAACAGGGGGAAAGAGGGUGAUGAGCUAAGUGAGCUAACAGAUCAAACUCUCAGGUCCAUUUCAGGUAUAUAUGGCAGUUGCGUCGAACAGCUACAUAGCCUUCCGUUUCAUUUCUGGGCCGAUAUUCUCCGAUGGUAUAGCAUGUGCAGGACUGCCCCUCCCAAAGCUCAUCUCCUCUCUCAGCGCAGAACGUUGGAGGCCCUUGCACACUCUUUGACACAGACACUGUUUGUCUCGAGCGGAAUUCCCUGUGUUCUCUCCUGUUGUGGUUGGUCAGGAGAUGACGAGCAGAAAGAACAGCCAUCUGUUCCAGCAAGAUCGGUGUCGGUGGGUUCUCUCCCUUCCCAGGUAUGGGAUCAGGUGAUGCAGUCGCCCCUUCUGCGGCAGGCUGCUCGUUUUGUAACAGGCGUUGAAGCUGCCGAGCUUGAAAAGGUGAUGCAGUCGCCCCUUCUGCGGCAGGCUGCUCGUUUUGUAACAGGCGUUGAAGCUGCCGAGCUUGAAAAGGCCAUGCUCCCCAGUGAAUUCAAGGAAAAUGCGUUGGAUCUGGAGUUGGAGGGGUGCAAGUACUUCUCGUGUGAGAUUCUACUUGUGCUUCUGUUGUUUGCAGGAUCCUCUGUGGAGAAGCUCUACCAGUUGGGAUCUUGCAUUAUUGCUUCGGCAGGUGCUGAGGUGACAUCUGCAACUUGCGGUCUUGAUGCAAACCAGGCAUUCAAAGUAGCAGUGCAGGCAGAACUGGGCCGUACAGAAGACUUCAUCAGCAGAGGACUUUUGGUGGCUGUUAUGACGCAUUUUCCGAGUUUUUCAUGCCACAGCCAUGGUGCUUGUGAUGAACCCGGCCCCAGUUGUGACCAGAUUUGGUCGGCGCGUUCGUCCUGGUGCUACGAGGCCUUGGCAUCUUCAGCUUCCACUGCUCAGCACACACAAUGUCAUAGCAAAUGUGAUUGCUUGCUGUAUCGCAUCUCCUGUUUGCAGCUUGCAGCUACGGCAUUGAGCAGCCGCUCGCUCUACAGAUUUCGUCACUGCAUCAAUCUCAGGUGCCCUCAAGGAUAUUGGCAGACCUGGUUGAGCCACCUGGCAACCUCCCACGGCGUCGACGUACCAGACUUGAAGGACGUAAUCACAUGGGAGGAACUAACACGGCUGUGGAAGAAGCGGUUCAUCGUCGACGACGCGCCGGCACUCGCCAUCAACCGUUUGUUCACCAUGUCACAGGGCAACACAGCAACACAGGACUGGCUCACGGAGUGGCAGAAGAUUGCGGUUGUGCCCAAUCUGAACCUAUCAUUCGAGUAUCUACGCCGUGAGUUCUACAACAGGUCCUGUGCGGCAUUGAGCCAGGCUCUUGGUGAUCGCGAGCAGUACUCAACCUUCGCGGAGAUCAUUGACAAAGCGAGGGAGAUCAUCAAGACCAACAGGUCAGCUGCACACGAGAAAUCAACAUGGCAGCCGACCUAUGUGGAGAAGGCACGAACUGGUCCGCGACAGCAGCACUUCGCUGCAGUCCAGCAGGACAGUGGAGAUAACCCAGCAGCCACUCCAGCAUCAAGUGACGGAGAUCAGGUGGCUGCUGUCCAGCCGCGAAGCAACAACAAGUCCCGCAACAAUGGGAAGGCGAAAUCCGCAUCGCAGGCCGGAAAUGGACAGCCAGUACAAGUCCCAUGGGUCAAGUUUGGCUUGACCGAGGCGGAGUACAAGCUCGGGAAACUGAGCUCCGCGGAAGGUGAGGCGACUCCACCUUCUACUCCGCCAGAUUCGGCCGCCUUGCUAGCGGCCUCCUGCACAUCUGGGGAGGAUGCGAAUGUCGCAAGUCCUCGGUAUACUUGUGAGGAUUAUGCUGUCCACUUGGUUCCACCGCUGGACCAACCGCUCCACGUGCAACAGUCCACCGCAUAUACGGUUUCAUCACCAUCGGCAACCGAUUCGGCAGUUUCGCCGCAAUCUAUCGUCGGGGAUUCGACGUCAUGGUCAAGACUUAAUGAGCUCGAUCCGUUGACGUUCACGGACUUCCAGUGGAUGCCCGUUCCCUCGACCGGACGAUUGUUGAAACCGCAUUGCAACGUGCUUAUGGCACAAUUGCGGGACUACUUGCACACUGCAGUACCAGCUCCGUUGAUGGACGCCGGAGCAGAGGUUGUCGACCUUCACGUUUUCAUCGCGAAGAUCGACMGCGAGUUCAAGACGCAACGGUACGACGACAUCGAUGCACCAUUGCUAUACAUACGCAUUCAGAUCGGAGAGGCGACCUGUAGUGCCUUGAUCGAUUGCGGAGCAUCUCGCAACUACAUCAGCCAGGACUUCAUGGUACGCGUCGGCCUUGGCCCACGUGUCCGGAGGAAGCCCCAGCCUACGCAAGUCACCCUGGCAGACGGUCAUACGCACAAGUCCAUCGACCGGUGCAUUGACGCCAUCCCRGUGUACUUUGCCCCUCACGCAAGUGAGGCGGUGUCCUUUGACAUUCUGGACACCAAAUUCAACAUGAUCUUGGGCAUGUUAUGGCUGCGAAGCAAGGAUCACCCGGUGAACUUCUUCAACCGCACCGUUCACGUUCUUCUGGCAAAAUGCCCUCCCCAAAUGGCGUUCUACGUAAUCCGAGACCUGGUGAUGGAGCUGUAUCGCUCUCUCUGCGGCGUUGAACUGAUCAUUUAUCAGUCACUGAUGGAUGAUGUGCUACAACACCCAAUCCAUCCGAUCAUCGAAGGGGCCACUCACGAAACGCUGAGAUCGCUUCUUGCAAUUCUUCCUCUCUAUAUUCUGCAUUUCAUUCAGCAGUCCACAAAGUGUGACGACGAGCCUGCACAAUGUGGUGGUCAGGAGCGGAGCGAAUGGUCUGCUGGCCGUUGGAUGCUGUUGUUUGGUGGGCUGCUAGAAGCUUACCAGCAAGCACGAUGCUCUGGAAUGCGAGCUCCAUUUCUCAUGGCAAAUCGACUCAGGCAAUUUCCUAUUUGGGACAUGGUGUCAAACGUCGUCCCAAUUAUCAUGACAACAAUGACAAAAUGGGAUUCGUCUUCAAACGAGGAAGUGCUUGUGUGUGAGCGAUCUUCCAGAUAUAAGCCGGUGCAGACUGAUCGUGAAAAGACCAGAGGCGGAACAGAGGUAGUGUCACGGGGCGCUGCAACAACAACAACGUCAUCCUCGUCCUCUCCUCAACAUCUGUGUACUUUACAUAGCCUCCACAUAAUGAGACUGUGUCUUUCGUCUCUGAAGUCGCUGCAGACGACUAUUCUGCGAUCUGCAAAUGGAAGCACUGAAGAGAUUGCUGAUGAGUGCAAAUGUGUAGAGGAGUUAUCUGUGAACUUUGCGGAGGUGCAUCAUUUGUUCAGGAGAAUCUGGUUCAAGUAUCAGAGUCGAGAGGUUGCGGCGAUAAGACAACCCCGCUUUCGAAAGGGAACAACUGUUCUAAAUGGAGUGCAUACUACUCGCGAGAGGUCGAGAGGGGGGGCGGAAGCUUACCUGCCAAAGCGCCGCAGAUGCUCGAGUGCCGACGAUCAAAACAGCUUGUGGGGGAUGCCGAUCGAAGAGCAAGCAAGCAUGGACUCGAAGACUCAGUUCAAAUAUGCCAACUAUCGUUCAAAAUCUCUGGAGAUGCCAAGCAAGCAUCCAAAGCCGGCAGAGAUGAGCGUGUUUCAGCGAGAGCAGUUCUCCGGGACAACGAACGAGUGCGCAGAAAGGAGCGAACCUCGGCAAUGGUCGAGAUUGACCGAGGCAAGGAGCGCACAAACAUCAACAGAUGUGAGUGAUCUCUCGUGUGGCAUUCAGAGUCCUUGGCAGAAAAAAACUCCACCAACUCAGCAGUGCACUGUGGGGAGGGACGGAUUGGAUACGACAGUUGGUGCAGAGGUCAGAUGCUCGAACUCUGAUAAACAGCAUGGCGUACACGAGGACUGGUUCACUGAAGUUUAUUGUCAAAUGCCGGGACCACCGGAGACUGGCAUGCCGUGGAGGGUUUUGAACACGGUUGAUGGGAGGGCAGAGAUGAGGGACAGACAGCUGCAGGAGGGGAGGAGGAGGAGGUACACAACACUUGAUGCUGACGUCAGAUGCUUGGCCUCUGACAGAGAGCAUGGCCGUCAAGAGGACGGGCUCAUUGAAGUUCAUCGUCGAAUGCCGGGACCACCAGAGACUGGAAUGCCGUGGAGAUUUUUGAACAGGGUAGACGGGAGGGCAGAGAUGAGGGACAGACAGCUGGCGGAGGAGGGGAGGAGGCGGCAUGGAACAGUUGACGCUGAUGUUAGAUGCUUGGCCUCUGAUAGAGAGCAUGGCCAUCAAGAGGACUGGCCCACUGAAGCUCAUCGGCGAAUGCUGGACCCAUCGGAUACUGGAAUGCCGUGGAGGUUUUACAAGAAGGUUGUUGGAGUCGAAGAGAUGAGGGAAGUACAGCUGGAGGAGGGGAGAAGGGAGUAUGUCGGGCAGGAGCCAGACUAUGGGAACCGGAAACCUAGACAAUUCAAAGGGCGCUCGUCUGUACCGGCUUUCUCCUCUGUCCUCGGCACUGAGGGUAUAGAUGUGCCAGAUUCUUUGUCAUUUGGAAGAGGACAACACUUGCCGUCAGCGCGUUGGGUGGAGGAGGGGCGGAGGACCUCAUCUCGAGCAGAGGACGAGCAAGCCGAUGACGACGUCCGGAAGAUCGGAUUGAGCGCAGGAAAGACAGAUCAGUCGCGCAAAGCUGAGAAUCACCGGAUAUGGAUGCAGGGAGUGUACAGCACUCAGGGUGAGAGUUUUGAGAGGGGCAGUUCACAGCAUGUAGGUGAAAAGGAACAGAUAUGGAUGCAUGGAGGGUGCGGUACCCGAGGCGAGGGUUUCAGGAGGGGCGCAUGGCAGCGCAGAGAUGACAAUCAUCAGAUAAGGAUGCAUGGAGUGUGCAGGACCCAAGACCGGGGUCCCGACAGCCACCCUGGGUCAGACAUUGGCAGUGAAACUGAUGGAAGUUUUUGCCGGGGGUCCCGACCCUGGGAAGACGCAAACCUGGGAAGCGAUGUGGCCUUUGAAAGAGUCCAUGGCACAGAUUGUGUCCGACUUGCAGGACCAGACUGUUCGUCACUGCUGACAGGUAGUGAGGAUCAGGGCUGGGGGGAGGAUCAUCCGUUCGUCGGUCAGCAGGAGGCAGGGGAGGGAGAGGGAGAGGGAGACGGAGAGGGAGGCGGAGAGGGAGACGGAGAGGGAGACGGAGAGGGAGGCGGAGAGGGAGACGGAGAGGGAGAGGGAGAGAGAAUGAUUCUGCGUCAUGACAUGCAGGAGGAUGAUUGCGCACGUGGUGGCUUAGCUUUUGCCUCGAUGUGUCAGAAGGGUGAGGACGAGGAGAAUAGCUGGGGGGAAGAGCACAAGGGAGGGUCGUUCUCGUGUCACGGAGAGGUAGGAGAGAGAGAGGCAAAGAUUGGGUGCCACAUUGUGCAGGGGGAUGAUGGCAUACGCUGUUCAGCCUGUGGUCUGAUGCAUCUGAAGAAGAAGAAGAAUGAGGAGGAUUGCGAUGGUGGAAGAGAGGUGGAGGAAAGGGAGAGGGAGGAGGAGGACGACGACGAGGCGCUGAUGACAGGUUGUGAGGAUCAAUGCUGGGGGCAGGAGAAGCAGGGAGAUCUAUUUGUGUGUCAGAGAGAGGAAGGAGAGGGAAAGGCAAUGGCAUCUCAUGAUGCACAGGAGGGUGACGGCGUAUGCCAUCCAGCAUAUCGUUCGGUGUCUCAGAAGAACGAAGAUGGGGAUGAUAGCAAUCUUGGAAGAGAGGAGAAAGGAGAAGGAGGGGACGAGGAGCAGAGAGGGGAGAGCAAGGACAGAUCUUGCCUCGAAACGGUGUCAGGUUUCGAUGACAGAAAUGCACUAUGGACAUAUCACAGAAGCGGACGGAGCGCAGAAGUUGCAGCGAAUGUACAUCAGCCGAGAGACGCAGAGCCUGACAAUGUGUUUCCUGCUUCACUGGCGCUUUGUAAAUCGGGGACAAAAAACAACAAGUCAGGGGAAGGAGGGAGAGCAGGAUGGGCAAGCACGGAAGGGGAUUGGUUGGCGAACUGCGCAAACACCGUGUUGGUUGAGGAUGAACAGAAAGCUUGUCUAAGAAGCAGCAGAGAGCAGACAGAUGAAGAUGGGAUGGAGGAGGAGGAGGAGGAGGAAGAGGAAGGGGAGGUGGAGGAAGAUAGGAGAAAGCAGGAGGCUGAGAAAGAUGUACUUACACAGCAGAUGCAGACAGGAGAAGUUGAGCUCGUUGAGAAGGAAAGCUCGAUCAUGCAGGACUUGGAACCGAGCGAUUUCCGCUGUGAGACUGAAGACAGUGACGAGGAAGUGGCAAAGUUCUCUAUCAUUUGGUGAGCAAUAGUAUGUUAGGGAAUGUACUUAUUCAUCAUAUUAGGAUUCUCCUGCAUGUAUCUGACCUCAAACAUGAUACGAUUCGGUUGCAAAAGCCCUGGUGUGAAGAUUCAUUCUCCAGGGCCUGGAACCUACCGGUAGUGAUUUCCCCUGUGAGGCUGAAGGCAGUGACGAGGAGGUGGUAAAGUUCUCUAAUACUUGGUGAGAAAAGGUAUGUUAGGGCAAAACCUACUGAUUCAUACUGGGAUUUUCCUGUCCGUAUCCGAUCUCACAAGUUGACCAGAUUCGGUCAGAAAAGUCCUGGCGUGAAGAGUGAUAACAAUGACCCAGAAAAAAAAAACGACAACUCUGGGUCUCUCCAGGACGCAGCGAUUUGACAGCUAUAUAGUAUAUAGUACGUGGUGAGAAAAGGUAUGUUAGGGCACAGCAUACUGAUUCACAUUAGCACUUUCCUGUAUGCAUUUGAUCCCAAAGAUGACCAGAUUCAGCCAGGAAAAAUCCUGGUGUGAAGUUUGAUUCUCCAGGACACAUCGAUUUGAACUGGCGUGCUGAAGACAGUUACGAGGAGCAGGCAAACUCAUGCUAUAUUUGUCGAGCAAAGGUUAUGGGUUAUGUUAGGGCAUAUACCUGUACAUACUAGGAGUUUCCUGGACGUAUCUGGCUUUACGCGCGACCCGAUGAAGUUUUUUUUUUUUUUUUUUUUUUUUUUUGAAGCCCAGGGUGUUGUAGAGGCCAAAGACUAGACCCCUGGUGAUCGCUGGCAGCAGGCGGCCCGAUGCAGUUAAAAAAAUAAUAAAAUAUUGAUGCGAGCGUGCCCUUAUUCCGUC